AUGACGGGAACUCCAGCCAAACGCCAAAAGGUUGGCUAUGACAGCCCGUCCCCUAACGACACUCCCUCUUUUGAAGACUUUUCUCCUGACGGAGAUGUUAUUUUUAUUGUACAAGGCAAAACUCGAGUGCGCGUACUUUCAGCUGUUAUGAGAUGUGCUUCCCCCGUCUUUGCUGCUAUGCUGAGGUCCAACUUCAAAGAGGGUUGCGCUCUGGCUGAGUCAGAGGAUAUACCUGUCGAGAUCCCAUUACCAGAAGAUGAUGCCGAGGAAUUUGGCUGGAUCUGUCGUGUUCUACAUUGUCAGGCUCACACAAUGCUCUGGAAACCGACCCUGUCCCAAGUGUCAUCGGUUUGGUUACUUGUCGACAAGUACGAUAUGAAGGACAGCAUAAAGCUUUCCUUGAACCUCUGGACAAGUGAGAGCAUCAAGGAGCCCUACUCUGACCAUGCUUUCUGGAUUCUUGCGGUGGCAUCUUUAAGAAAUCAAGAGGCAGGCUACUUCAAACAUGCUACUCGUCAACUCAUUCUGAACGCUGAUAUCCCAUUCAUCACAAUUGCUUCAACUAUGGAACGAACCACCCAAGCAAUUGCCUCAGAAAGUGUUGCCUACAAACUCGCAGGCAAGCUACAAGCAACACGAGACAGUGCCAUAAUGGAAUCAAACAAGUUCCUGUACGGCGAUUUGCCUGCAAUUGUACUCAACGGCUGUGCUUCGUGCACAAAGACAUAUUUAAAAAAGAUACACAGACAUAUCAGAGAUCGCAUCUUCAAGCCUGCCGACUCGCGACUCAUAUGUAUUCGUGCCAUGAUUCUCGCAAUCUACGAGUGGGCUCAACACCCAAGAUAUCACUGCCCAGAGUCACCAUGUGGCAUGAGUAUACGCAACAUUGAGAAGAAAACUUCUGAAUUCCUCAAAGUCGGAUUUGAUGGGCUUUGUCUUGACUGUUUUGGCGGGAAAUCGUGUCACAAACAUGCCUAA